AACCAUUUCUCUUAAUAUUAGAAAUAGUUUAUUAUAGGCAUCUAAUACUAUUCAUUUUAUGUAAUGAUUCAAACUGUGGUUUAAAAAAAAACGACUACAUAACAAUAACUUGAUCCUUCUAUCUUGAAAGCUUAUAUAGCUCAUGCAUGCUGAUUCCUUUUAUUAUUCCUAUAUGAAUCUUGCAGCACAACAACUGUUAUAACCGAGGAAAAAAAAAAAAAAGUGGAAGCACGUGGGGGGCACAUGCCCCCACUUAAAUUUUCUUUUUCCCUUCCCCCUCUCCUUCGGUACCCCCCGUCCCCUCCUUCCUUCUUUCAUUUUCUUUCUAUUUCUUCCCAACAACUUAAAACCCUCCCUUCCUCUUCCCUUCUCAUUCAACUCUUCCAUCUUCUCAUCUCUUCUUGCAAUUUCACACUAUUAUCAAACUCAUCUUCAUCAUCUUACCUUCCUUUCUUUUUCUACUCUAUCUCUAUUUAUUCAAAAUCUCAUUUUCUCAAAACCCCAAAUCAUGGAAUGUCAACUUAAUGAGUGAAAGAAGCAUUCAACUUUGAGUUCCAAUUGUUAUUGAGGCUUCAAGAGUUGCAGAAUUAUUGGACAUCAUUUGGUAGCUCGUUGACGCACUCAGAGUUGCUUCCGGUUCUUUGGAAUCAAGUUAUACAGGAGUCAUUCCAGGUUCCAUUCCACCUGCCCCUCAGUAGAUCUUAGUCAUUUUGGUGGAAGAUGCCACCUAAGAAAAGACGUGGUGGAACUGUUGGUGCUCCUGAUACUGCUGAAUCCAAUAGGGCAGUUUCUCCGCCACUUGGAGCGCUUCGACAAAGGCCAAGGAGCCAAAGGAUAGCUGAUAGGCGCGAAGGAGAGAUACCCCGUGAGAGAGUUCAAGAGAACCCUGCAGUAAGAGAGGCUCAACCAAACUUAGCAGCUGAAUUGAGGGGAAUGAAUCAAACUCUUAAUGCGGUGUUACAGGUUCUAACAAAUCAAAAUAGGGGUGAAGCGAGACUUCCUAAUGCGCCAAAUCCUCAGCCUCAUAGGGUUCAUCAAUUGUUUGGGGAUCAAGAGCCGUCAAUUGAAAAGUAUUUGAAGUUGAAUUCGUCCACUUUCAAUGGAGAUUCAUUGGAUGAAGAUCCACAACAAUAUCUAGAGGAUGCAAAGAAAGCUAUUCGAGCUCUCAAGUGCACCAAAGAAUGGGCUGUUGAGUUAGUAUCCUACAACUUGCGUGGUUCAGCAAGAUAUUGGUAUGAGUCUCUUCUUGAGAGUAAAGAAGCAGCUGGACUUCCUCCUCUUUCUUGGGAAGAGUUCACUGAAGAGUUUCUUGCUCGAUUUUAUCCAGCUAACAAGCAAGCAGAAGAUGCAAUUGCCUUUGAAAGAUUAAGGCAAGAGAAUAUGACAGUGAUUGAGUAUGCUAAGGAGUUUACUAGACUUUCUAAGAGUGCUCCGUACUUGGUGAAUUCAGAAGAGAUGAAAGUUCGUCGUUUCGUUCAUGGAUUGGCAGAACCUAUGUUCACUACUCUUAUGCCUGAAGUCGGACGCAUGUCUUUUAAGGAUGUCCUAAACUCUGCCUAUGGAAUUGAAGCUGGGAUAGCAGAGAGAAAUGCUUUUAAGGAUGUUGGUAAGAAGCCCAAGAUGAAGGGACAAUUUUCUGGUGGAUCUAGUUUAGGAGGAUUUCAGUCUCAUCAUGGUCAAACUAAUCAGCAAGGUUAUUCGGGGUAUCGAGCUCAUCCUCAAACAUCUUUUGGUGGGGUUGCUUCUUCUGGAUCUGCUCCCAUGAGUGUUUUGAAUCCCAGACCUUUUGUUAAGAGCACCUCUCAAUCUAGUGCACAGGGUUCAAAUCAGACAAGGCCAGCUCAGCCCUAUUGUCUUUAGUGUGGAAGUUACCAUUCCGGUAUAUGUUUCAAGGCUACUGGUGCAUGUUUUGGUUGUGGUCAAUCUGGUCAUCUUAGGAGGGAUUGUCCAAAUCCUAGAGGAGGCUUUGCUUCAGGUAUUGCACGUCCUACAACACCAAUGCCAUCAUCUUCAGCUAUGUCCAUUGGAAAUUCUUCUGGUCCUAGUGGCAGAGGAGCAGGUGGCAGGGGUCAGACCUAUAACAGAGGAGGGAGCCAAAGAGGAAGAGGUCAGACACGUGUGUAUGCUUUAACACGUCAAGAUGCUCAAGCUUCUCAUGCUGUGGUGGCAGAUACAGGAGUCAUUCCAGGUUCCAUUCCACCUUCCCCUCAGUAGAUCUUAGUCAUUUUGGUGAGCCCUUCUUCUUUCCAAGGGCUAAGUAAUUAUGUAAUGGAACCUUUGCUCAAAAUCUAGAUUAUGUCAAUGCUCCAUAUGUCACAGGCAGGGUCCUCGUGUGGGUUAUGUUAUUUUGAAUCUUGAACUGUUUAGGUAGUGAUUAUGAUUUGGUUAUGUAAGACUUAUGGUUUUAACUAUAUACUCUAGUUAUCAACUUGAUAUAUAUAUAUAUAUAUAUAUAUAUAUGAUGCGUAUUUUGGAUAUAUUUGGUUGUGGAUAUAAUUUGGAGUAUGUUGUUGUUGUUGUCUUGGAAAUGGAGGUUUAUUAUUAAUACAGGGAGUUAAUAUUUAUGUUGGUAAGGUCCUAGAAACAGAGGAGAUUCUGUCCGUUUUUCUGAAAAUUUAGUCGUUUGGCUUGCUGAGGGACUUGUCUCUUGAGCGCCAGUCAUGGCUUGGUUCGGGUCAUGACAACAACUGACUCUGAUCAUAAAGAAUUGACAAAGACAGGAACACCAUUUUAUAACUCUUUUCUUUCCCCAAAUUAAGCUAUUAUUUUGUUUUUUCUCUGUGCAAAACAGCAAAAAUAAAAUUAUAGAGAGGAAUAGAGAAACAUACCAACAAA